UAGUAACAACGAAUAAAAGAAAAAUAAUAUCAUAAUAGUUGAAAAUAAUUAAAAAAAUUACUUGUUUAUUCAAUGUUAAUUACAGAAACUAACAUUUGUUAAUUUUUUUUAUUUCUUAAAACGUAGUAUAUUAUCUUCUUUUUAUUUGAUGCAGAAUUAAACUUUUUAAAAACAUAUUUUGAGAACUUUUUCAAAUUUUCCAAAUUCUUGGUGGGACGAUACGAAUAUCUUCAAUUCCUCAACUAUCCUUCAUUACCCAAACAAUCCUCCUUCCUCUUUUCUCCUUGCAGAACAAUCUAGAUAAGGUAUAAUCUCCUCCAUUUCUAUCCAAACUCCAUUAACACUCACCAUGCUUUCUCUCUCUUCCCCCAAAACCCUAUCUCUCUCUUCUUCUUACUCAACCCUCUUCUCCUCCAAACUACCAUUUCCUCCAUCAUCAUCAUCAUCAUCAUCUCUUCGCAUCCUUUACAAACGCAAUUCCACAAUUACCUCAAAUUACUCCUCAAAUCCAUCAUCACACUCUCCAACCAAUCUUAUCAUCCCCAAAUCCAAUUCUGCAGCUCAACCUCAAAAUUUCUACCAACCGUAUCGUCCUCCCCCUUCUCCCUUACCUCAAAAAUACCAAAAUCUUGAUACUCCAGGGAUUAUAGAAGUUCUUUCUAAUCGUCUUGGAUUAUGGCAUGAAUAUGCUCCUCUUAUUUCAUCUCUUUUUCGAGACGGGUUUACUCCACCUAUGAUUGAAGAAUUGACGGGAAUUUCAGGGGUUGAACAGAAUCGUUUGGUUGUUGCUGCUCAAGUUCUUGAAUCGAUUGCCGAGUCUCCCCAAAUUGAACCUGAAACCCUAGCUUUUUUUGACUCUGGUGGGUCUGAACUAUUGUAUGAAAUCAGGCUUCUGUCGGCUUCUCAAAGAACUUUAACAGCAAAUUAUAUUGUGAAAAGGAAUCUGGAUGGUGAUAAAGCGAGGGAAAUUGCUAGGUCAAUUAAGGAUUUCCCGGCAAGACAAGAUGAACCUGGGUUUAGGUGUUUUGAUUAUAAUAUGCCUGGAGAUUGUUGGGCAUUUUGGCAUUUCAGGCUUUCUAGGGAGUUUAUGUUAAAACCUGAUAAGAGAAAUUCGGCAUUGGCGGCGGCGUUAGAGGCAGCGGAAACGGAUAAGGCGAUAGAGAGGGUAAGGGAGGAGAUUGAAGGAAAGGGGCGCGACAAGGCAGAUGGGAGAGAAAAGGAGGAUGCAGUCAAAGUGCCCGUGGUUAGGUUGAGAAUGGGCGAGGUCGCCGAAGCGACAACAGUGGUUGUUUUACCGGUUUCGAAAGCGGUGGAUGGGGAAGAAGGAAUUGGAAAUGUGCCCUUAAAUUGUAGGACUCAAGGGGAGUUUGGAAUUGUUGUAUCAGAUAAAGGGUGGGAUAGAUGGGUGGUGCUUCCAAAAUGGGCACCUCUAGCAGGAAUGGGUUCGGGUGGUGUUGCAGUGGCGUUUAGCAAUGCGAGGGUUCUGCCAUGGAGGGUGAAUCGGACGUACGUAGGGGAGCCGGUUUUGGUGGUGGCGGAUAGGGAGAGGAGGGAAAUCGAGGUCGACGAGGGGUUUUAUUUGGUGGCCGGAAUUGAUGAUGGCAGUGAAGGGAAGUUGAAGGUGGAGAAGGGUUCAAAGUUGAAGGAAAUGAAGGUAAGGAAGAGUUUAGGGAUGGUGGUUGUGGUGGUUAGGCCACCUAAAGAUGAAUUGGAUGAUGAAUUGAGUGAUAUAGAUUGGGAUUAAUUUGUUAGUUUAGAAGGGUGGUUUAUUGAAAUGGAUACAUUUCCUCUUACACAAAGAGAUAGAAUUUUGAAGUGUAUUGGUAGAGUAGCUAAGUAGCUAGUUCUACUACUUGUGUUUGAAUAUGAACAUUUUGGUGUUGGAAAUGCAAUGAAUAGUGUAUUGUAUUAAUAAAAUUUUGUAUUAUUCAUGUAUACUUAUCAUUUAUGUGGACCUGCAGAUAGUGUUUACAA